UUACUGUACGCGAAUUUCAAUUACAGAACUGCCCCUUUCGAGAUUUAGCCCGAUUACAAAAGCAUGUUUUCCGUAACGAAGAACCCGAAUACGUUGCAGCGCGACCGAGUGGCUUGACGUCAGCUCUGUUUCCUGAAAUGGGAGACGGCGCUUCUAUUUACCAACGACUCCGUCAGAUAAAGUAGAGGUGGGCAGGAUGGGCGAGCGGAGCCCCGCCCCCGGGCCUGCCAUCUCUCCUGUGCAGCAGAUGCUGGCUUCUGGCACGGGAGCCCUCCUCACAUCUAUUUUUGUCACACCGCUGGACGUUGUGAAGAUCAGGCUGCAGGCUCAGCAAACCCCGUUCUACCAAGCAGCUUUAGCCCGUGAAUCCGCUCCGUGGGGAGGCGUCAUCCGCCCUUCCAAGUGGAAAUGUUUCCUGUACUGCAAUGGACUGAUGGAUCACAUCUACGUGUGUCAGAACAGAACCAGUUGCACCAGCUGGUACAAAACCCCCACCCAUUUCAGUGGGACGCUCGAUGCGUUUGUGAAGAUAACUCGUCACGAAGGACUCCGGUCCUUGUGGAGCGGACUUCCUCCAACGCUCGUCAUGGCCGUGCCCGCCACCGUCAUCUACUUCACCUGCUACGACCAGCUGCGCGACUUCCUGAGGUCCGGUCUGGGCCUCCAGGGCAGCUUCGUCCCCCUCGUGGCCGGUGGUCUGGCCAGACUGGGGGCCGUGACGGUGAUCAGCCCCCUGGAGCUGGUCCGGACCAAGAUGCAGGCCCGCCGGCUGUCCUACGGCGAGCUGCGGGUGUGCAUCCGCUCGGCCGUGGCUCAGGGCGGGCCGCUGUCCCUCUGGAGGGGCUGGGGACCCACCGUCCUCAGGGACGUGCCCUUCUCUGCACUCUACUGGUUUAACUACGAACUGUUGAAGGCCCAGCUGUGUGAAGACUCCCAGAUGGCUCAGGCCAACUUCUCCAUCAGCUUCGCGGCCGGAGCCGUCUCUGGAGCCGUCGCGGCCAUCCUGACGCUGCCCUUCGACGUGGUGAAGACACGGAGACAGAUCCAGCUGGGAGAAAUAGACGCUGUUGGAGCUUCCUUGAAGGGAACCAAGUCCACGUGGCACAUAAUGAAGGACAUAUGGGCUGAGAUGGGCUACAGAGGCCUUUUUGCAGGUUUCAUGCCCCGGGUGAUCAAAGUGGCUCCAGCCUGCGCCGUCAUGAUAAGCACCUACGAGUUCGGGAAGGCCUUCUUCCAGGAGGUGAACCUGGACCGCGAGCGCCUGGGAUCCUGAGCGGUCGUGUUCUCGACGCUGUCAUCAGGACAGGCCCCCCCCCCCCCCCCCCCCCCCCGGGACGUCUGUUCCUUCCCUCUGGCUCUCUGUGAACUGUGAUAAGAGCCGCACUUGACAUCCAUUACCAAGCUGAGAGACUCUCUCCUGGAACAGACUUUACGUGUGCUGACUAUUUUGUGUUGCAACUUUAUACGUGUCUUUAAAAACAAGAACACUGUUUCUUCAGGGCUUCAGCAACAAACUACACUAAAUGACACCUGUGUGCACAUGUUCCGAUGAUGAUGAUGAUGAUGAUGAUGAUGAAUGGGUGAAACCCAACCCCUAUUUAGGGCUUAAACUGCACAUCAGUCCGGUUGGAUCUACUUCCCGCAUCGUCUGUGUUCAGGACAGGGUGAAGAAAAGCUGCCCCCCCCCCGGAGCUCUUGUGCACUUCUGCAGCAGCACACCCAGGAUUCCAAGUAGAAAUCUCUUGUGUACUGGAUACAUUUUUAUUGUUUGUCGCACUUUUCUGUGAAAUGAAAUCUGAAAGAGUUUUUUAUGUUUAGUAAAAGUUAUGCUUCAUUUUUUUUUACCUCUUAAAUGGGGGGGAAACUACAAUCUAGCAAACACAAAGCCUAAUGACAAGAUCUCAGCAAACCAUAAUGCAUUUUUUAGCAUUUAUGGCACUGAUUAUAUUACAAUAAUUCAAGAAGAUUUGAGUACAAUUUUCUUUGGAAACUGCAGCUGACAGCAUCUUUAAAGUCACACCUUUCUUACAUUUUGCAUGAUGUGAUCAAAUAAACACAAGAAGCUGCCCUGACUUUCCCCUAAGGACGUGCUGGUGAUGAAAUGCUUUGAAUUUGUUGUUUGAACACUGGAUCAUAAAACACAAUAUUGCUUCCUC